CUUCACCAGCUAGAGGUAUAUGCUGCUGACAGCCCUCAGUGGUAGCCGCUUACCAGGGCAAAGCAUGUCGUCCACAACAAGUCCUCUUUGCGCGGUAGCACUUUUCGCCUUCUUGAUUCUUGCCUCGACAUUUCUUAUGAGGAGUUGGCACUAUGAUCUCCAAGAAAAGAAGUUUGUCAGCCGACACCCUGACGUGGAUUUCCUCUCAGCGCAGAAAAUUUUAUUUAAAGAAAUCCAGGCCAGGCAAGAAGAAAUCAUACUCUUCUAUAUUGCCACGGAUGGGGACAGUUUACUGGACUUCUCGGGAAACUUUGUGUCGUUCUACCCGUCUAUGAAACAAGACGGAUUGCGUAAAUUUAAUCAUAAAGACAUAUUAAUCGGAUCUAAUAAUUCGCCAGAUGAAGACAUGGUUGCCUGCGAGCAGCUGGAGGACAUGAAACUUGUGGAGUUCCUCGGCUCGGGCUAUACAAAAACUGUCGUCAAGGGACACUUGGCAGAUGGAUUAACAGUUGCACUCAAAUUUAUAAACGACAAAGGCACUGACAUGAGGAAAUGUCUCGAGGAGUUUAAAGACCCCGUGGGCUGUCACGAGCUUGUGUCUUUCAAACUGAAGAAAGAAAUCAUCCUUUUGCAGAGACUAAAACACCAAAAUAUUGUGAAGCUCUGGGGUCACUGUCGGGAUAGAGCACCAGCAGGAGGUAUCACUGCCAUUCUGGAGCAGGGGACACCACUGGAGAUGAUCCAGCUCCUGCAGACCCCUUGGGAGGAGCGCUUUCGGGUGUGUCUGGAGCUGGUGCGACUCCUCCACUACCUGUCCCAGUCUCCGCUCGGCUCCGUGGCCCUGCUGGACUUCCAGCCCAGGCAGUUUGUCAUGGUGGAUGGGGAGCUGAAGCUGACCGACCUGGACGACGCCACGGCCAGCGAGCCCCUCUGCCGCACGGACGCCGACUGCCUGCUCCAGUACCCGCUGCGCAACUUCACGGCCCGCUGCUCCGAACGGGGGGUGUGCGAGGGCAUGAACGAGAUGAGGAAUCUCUACAAUGCCCACAGGUAUUUCUUCAUUUACCUUCUACCGCACCACGCUCCACCCACCAUCAGGCCUCUCGUGGACCAGAUUAUGAACUCAACAGCGGAAUUAAGAGACAACAUCAAUAGCACGCUGGGAGCCUUUGAAGAGGUUUUGAACAUCUUCAAGUCUGGACUGCACCUCGAGAACCUGUCUCCGACAUUAAUCAGAGAGUACACCUCCAUGCGUGGCGUGAGCAGUGGGGGUAAUGUGGAGUUCCCAUGCUGGCCGUCCUAUCGGCAGCAGGCCUGUGUGCUCUCCGUCCACAGCGUCAGGGAGGCGGCCUCCAUCUGCCACUCACACCCCCAGUGCACCAGCUUCUCCAUCACCGACCAGAGGACAUGGACAGGACGUCUCCUUGCCACGUUUCGGAGCGGUUUCAGCCAUCUUGUUCCAGAUGUGCGCUCUGUGGUGUACGUACGCAAGACCAAGGCAAGCCAAGGAGGAGCCCCUCAAUAGAAGCCAGAACACCAGGAGAGGAGGACGGGGACGGGGGUGGUGCUGACUGUGGCGGCAGCGGUGGUGGCGGCGGUGGUGGUGGUGUAGACUGUGCACUGGUGCACAAAGAACAUGGAGGUGUCUGUAGGAUCUGUGUGUGUUUGUUGUGGAUGGAUAGGAGAGUGUGUGUGUGUGUGUGUGUGUGUGUGUGUGUGUGUGUGUGUGUGUGUGUGUGUGUGUGUGUGUGUGUGUGCGUGCGUGUGUGUGGGUGUGGUGGUUUCUGGCUGGUCUGGAGCACAUGAAUGUAAUCUAUUUAUAGGGAUUUCUUGGUUUGGGCUUGACUUGAUGCGAGCCGGCUGCCAAGUCCUGUGUGCUGCCUGAGUGCAUUUCAAGGGAUUUCCAUUCAGGUGUAAUUACCCAACAACAAACCCCCCCCCCCCCCCACUCCACCACCACCACCACCACCACUACCCUCAUCCCCAUCUGCAACACCAACCUCAUGUGUACACAAAUACACGACGAUGACACAUCCACCCGCCUCCUCUACUCCCAUCGUCCUCCAUAAAUGGAGAGGACGUGAGAAGGUGGAGGACUUGUUUUUGCCUUCGUAUCGAGUUGGCUGAGACUGCAUGGAUGUAUAGGAAUGUUGGGCUGCCUUACUGGUGGAGUGUUGUGCCCGUGACAGAGCAGCAAAAGAAGGAAGGAAGGCGGAGAAAAUGAAAAAAAGAAGAACAACUACAGCAACUGCAAGCAAUGUUAAGAAAAACACACACCCACACAAGCGCUUAACCCCAAGAAAGGCUUUCAUGUUAAUUGUUCCAGAACCCAUGUUCAGAGGAGUUGGAAAGAGUCUCACAGGCUGAAACUGUCAACACUUAAAGAGAUCUGCUGUACAUGCAGGAGUCAGGACCAAUGGUCUGUGGCAAUUGUGAAAACAACAACAACAACAAUUCAAUUGAAAAACAACAACAACAACAUGGAUCACUGAGAGCUUUUGUUAUAAAUUGCCUAAGGGUCAUCCUGGCCCACCACAAAAAGCUCCAGCAAGUUCCAAAACCCCUCUCUUAGUUAGUUAGGCCAAUCCCAUUGCCUGAGGCACCCUGUGUCCCAAAAGCCCAGAUUUCAGUAAAAGAUACUGGCAUGGACAAUUACUUUUUUUGUUUUGUUUUAAAGGCUUAUGCUUUCCGAUGGCUGCAGAAAGAAGGUGUUAAGACGUGAAAAGCCAGUUGGGAAUUGUGAAACAUUGUGAUAUGACAUGAUUACAAUACUUGGAACAUUAUGAUUCUUGUGAAAAGUUUUAUGGUGCUUGUGUGAAUGGAGAGGCUGGAGACGUUAUUCACCCUAGGGGUGAGGGAGAGCUCUGGACUGUUGUUGCACCCUCACAAAAAAAGAUUCCAUGAAUCAUUGGGAUUAGAAGUGGCCAAACAGACUUUGUUACGACUUUGUAACAGCAGCGGGGCCACAUGUUUUAUAUAAUAAUAAAAAAAGGAUUCAUAUCUUCA